AGUCUGUCCGCCAUGUUUUCUGCAGUAACACCGCAAACUAUCGCGAGAGCUCGGUGUGUCACAAAGUCUCGCGUGAUGUGACGAUGAUCUUAAGCUAUGGUUUGCAUUUCGUAAAGGUUUCCAACAGAACUACAUAAGAUCCUCUGCUUGUUGCUGCUUCAUGGGGACUUAUUAGCUUUGAGCUAAUGUUAGCUACUAAACAUCAACAGGAAGUAACGGACGGGCUAAACUCCAAUGUCUUGCACUUUGAGUUCUCCAGGCAUGAAUUGUACUUUAGAAAAGGUCCUGGCAGACGCCAAAUCACUGGUGGAAAGGCUUCGUAACCAUGACAAUGCUGCUGAAAUGUUAAUUGAACAGACGACAUCGCUGAACAAGCGAGUUGAUGCCAUGAAACAGUACCAGGAGGAGAUUGACUCAUUGAACCAGGUUGCACGGCAUCGACCCCGUUCCAGUCUGGUUCUGGGAAUUCAGCAGGAAAACCGUCAGAUCAGAGAUCUACAGCAAGAAAACAAAGAAUUACGGACAUCGUUGGAGGAACACCAGUCUGCCUUAGAGCUCAUUAUGACCAAAUACAGAGAGCAGGUGUUCAGGCUCCUCAUGGCCAGCAAGCGGGACGACCCGGCUAUUGUGACCAAGCUAAAAGAGCAACAUACAACGGAAAUGCAAGUUCAUAUAGACAAGAUCAAUGAGAUGGCCUCAGUUAUGAGGAAGGCGAUAGAAGUGGACGAGGGGCGCACAUGUGAAGAUGAAGAGAGGAUUAAACAACUAGAGCUGGAGAACAACGGACUACGAGAGCUGCUAGGAAUCAGUCGAGAAGCUUUCCUCGUUCUGAAGAGAGACGACGUAUCAGAAAACACGUCACUUUCGCCGCUGCUCACGAGCACAGACGUCAGCCUACGAAAGAGUUAGAGAGUCCAUCUCCCCCUUACUGCUGCCACUACUGUGUACAGUGUGUACAGUCUGUUGCCACAUCCCAUUUCAUCUUCCACCCUCUCCUCCUGGAGCAUUCUUAGCAUGAUGCUCCAGAGCUGUGGUUCCCCCAUCUGGUGAUUCAGACACAGUUCGUUUUGUUGGUACUUCUUUUGUGUUUGCUAGCAUGCAUGAGUCCGCGGUGCCUGCAAGGUUUUAAAGUGUGAAUGAGAAAGAAGGGCUUGAGUUAAAAUAAAUCUGUAAACAUGAAA